AUGAGGCCAAUAUUGAUGAAGGGGCACGAGAGGCCAUUGACGUUUUUAAAGUAUAAUAGGGAAGGGGAUCUACUCUUCUCUUGCGCCAAAGACCACACUCCGACGGUUUGGUUCGCCGACAACGGCGAGCGUCUCGGCACCUACCGUGGCCAUAACGGCGCCGUCUGGUCCUGCGAUGCCUCCAGGGAUUCAACAAGGCUUAUAACUGGAAGUGCAGACCAGACAGCAAAGCUGUGGGAUGUUCAAACUGGAACUCAGCUUUACACCUUCAAUUUUGAUUCCCCAGCUAGGUCUGUUGAUUUUGCAGUUGGUGAUAAGCUGGCAGUAAUUACCACCGACCCUUUUAUGGGAUUAACUUCUGCUAUUCACAUCAAGCGCAUAGCCAGAGACCACAGUGACCAGACUAGCGAAUCUGUUGUCAUUCUCAAAGGGCCCCAGGGAAGAAUUAACAGAGCAGUUUGGGGACCUCUGAAUAAGACAAUAAUAAGUGCCGGUGAAGAUGCUAUUGUUCGUAUCUGGGAUUCUGAGACAGGGAAAUUAUUGAAAGAGUCUGACAAGGAAGAUGGCCACAAGAAACCCAUUACAUCUCUUUCAAAAUCUAAUGAUUGUUCACAUUUCCUUACUGGUUCCCUAGAUAAAUCUGCUAAGCUUUGGGACUCAAGAACUCUGACGCUCAUCAAGACAUAUGUAACUGAACGCCCGGUGAAUGCAGUUGCAAUGUCUCCACUUCUAGACCAUGUAUGUGCUGACAGAGAACUUAACUGA